AUGUCUGCUUAUCGUGGAAUGCCUAUGGCUGGACCAGGUGGUAUGCAGUAUCAUCCUAAUGUCCAGCCUAUUCCCCUGCAACCAGUGCCUUUGCAGCGUUUGCCUAUGCAACCGCCUGGUUCAGGUCCUAUUCAGCAAUCACGCCCCCAACCUCAAUCUCAGACUCAGAUUCAGCCACACACCCAGUCUCAGAUCCGAGUUGAGGAUAUAGACGCGUUUGAGAGCGAGAUUGAGUACUUGAAGGAACAACUUGAGCAUUCCGAGCUCCAGAGAGAGUGUAUCCAGAACAAACUCAAUACUGCACGAGCCCAGGAGCGUCACGACCACGAGAUGAUUGAAGGGUUGCAGGCUCGUAUCAAAGAGCUGGAGGAAAUGCUUCAAAGACAUGGUAUCGAGGAAGACAACAAAUCAUCCUCUAUGGCACUGGUUCCUGCGAGCUCUUGUGAUACUGAAGGGUAUACUGGCCCUGGGUCUGGUAACCGAAACGGGUCGAGCUUACGGAGAAUGUCGAUGCAAGAGCAUCCUGAACUUUCUCCAACUACUCGAUACCAAAAUGUCUUUGGGCAGCCACCGCCGCGUUUCAAUCUACCAGCAGCAGCAUCUACUACCGCAAACGCUAGACCAAAUGGUACUCAGGCUGGUGUAGGUUCCCAGUCUCACUUUGCCUCGACGAACUCGAACGUCAACUCAGCUACGGGGACGGGCACAGGAGCAACAAGCGAAUCCCGAGGUAUGUCAUCUUCGCCUGAGGAGCAGGUCGCCUCCUUCGUCUCGAUGGUGAACAUGCAACCUCAGCAAGCUAUCCACAUUCGAGAUCCAGCGUAUACUAGCAGUGACUUCUCAAACCGGCUGGUCGGCUUGUGGACGGCAUCUAAAUGCUUCGCAAUGAAGUAUACCAAUACUGCCUUCAUGUAUGAUGAGAAGAAAGUGAGUGAGGAGCUGCGUUCGUUCUUGAACCAUGCAUCGAACAAUGCAACCGAGUUGCUGAGCAAUGUAUCCACCCGAUUCUUGAUGGUCUCCAAAAUCAUCAACUGGUUCAUCACGAAAACAGUGCUGAAGACAACUGUUGUCAGCGGCUUCGAUCCGGCCGUUGAUUCGGAGAUUAAACAGAUGGUUACCCACGUCAAUCCGGGCACACCGUGUACGGUAAAGAAUGCUAUGAUCCAGGGUAUCGGAAAUCACAUACUUCUCCUCCGCAACCGCCCGUUGUUCGACAACUUCUUCAACAAACGUACUCACGAGAACACUCAGAAGUUGUUUGAGUUGUUGACCCCAUUAAUCUUUUCUCGCGAUCAGAAUGUGUGGUGUGAUCUCGUCGAACUCAUGAUUGACGCACACAGCCUCGCCUUGAUCAUGUAUUCCGGCCCAUACGAGUUCAAAUUUAUGCAUCCGUUGAGCCACCACAACUUCGAUCCGACGUACAUGACAGACCACAACGCCGGAACGGAUGAGGACUGGGCGAUGCAGCAGGCAAAACGAAAGUAUACCGUGAAGCUCGCCAUCACGCCAGUUCCAUUGUUCAAGAACGUGGUCCUCCACCCUUAUGCGGCCGUCCAGGUCCUGCAUCUUGGAGACAUGCUGUUGGGUCCGGAGCUCGGCCGCGAGUAG